GGGAACGCGGGACAAGGAACUGGGUCAUGUUAAAAGCCUGCAACAAGUUCAAUGCUUAAUGUGCACUUACAACGCCAUAGCAGUGGUCUCGCCGGCGUCGCCUGUGUUGCAUUUUACUUUGUAACUUUCAUUUACAGUUUGUUGAAGUGAGUUACUUCAAGAUAGUUCCUGCUUUGUCACGAAACUCACUUGUCAUUUUGUAGAGGUAGCCGACGAACAACCGGACGAAAUUGUCGCUGUGGGACUAUCAACUGCAGAACAGAACCCCCUGACACCUUUCAAGCACUGAAAUGUUUGAAUACGAGACUAGUGAUGCCCUGCUGCUGUACCCCUUCCUUGAGGAUGAGGAGGGUGUUGAAGAGUCCCUGUUCCCGGACGAGACCUCUGGCUGGGGCGCCGUGUCCCUAGCCGAGGCCCUGUUGCCCCUAGUGGAGUCCCCGCCCUCCACCCCGCCCCUCCAGUCUCCCUGGAUGUGCUACGCGCGCUACAAGACCGAGCUGUGCAGCCGCUACACGGAGCUGGGCUCCUGCAAGUACGCCGAGCGCUGCCAGUUCGCGCACGGCCUGCGGGACCUGCGUGUGCCCUCCCGCCACCCCAAGUACAAGACGGAGCCGUGCCGCGCCUUCCACGCCGGCGGCUACUGCGCGUACGGCGCCCGCUGCCUCUUCGUCCACGGCCCCAAGGAGCAGAGGCAGGCGCGCCCGCCCCGCGGCCGCAGCGUGCCCUGCCGCACCUACCGCUCCUUCGGCGUCUGCCCCUUCGGCGCCCGCUGCCACUUCCUGCACGUGGAGGGCGAGCGGGGGCAGCCCGGGGGCGCGGGGGCGUCUGCGGAGGAGAAGGGCCCCCACACGCAGGCCCCUGAGCAGAGGCCACGCGGCUCCCUGUGCCGGACCUUCAGCGCGUUCGGGUUCUGCCUGUACGGCACCCGCUGCCGGUUCCAGCACUGCCUGCCCAGCGGGGCCGGGUCGAGGGCCUCCCGCAUCCCCCAGCUGCCCGGUCUGGGGCGAGCCUCGUCCCCCGCCUCGGACAUGCUCUCGUCCUCUUCCACCGCCUCGUCCCCUCCGUCUUCCCUGCCCUCCCCCGUGUACCUGGAGGACCGCUUCCCGCUCACCCCCCCGCUGCUGUCCGGCGAGCCCCCGGAGCAGGAUGCCUUCUCCUUCUCCGGCCAGCACCUCAACGACCUGCUGCUGCCCCUGGCCUGGAGGCUCCAGCAGCUGGAGCACAGCCUGGCCCGUCCUGCCACCUCCCCUGGUUUGGAGGCUGCUGCCGCCCUACCCAAAGGCUACAGCGACUUGCUUUCCUGAAGCGGUGAUGUCAACAUGCCUACAAUGUGCCAGAAUGAUUUGGGGGUGGGGUGGGUUGGGAUGGAUUCUUUACUUAAUUUAAUAAUUUGACUUGUUUUAUAGCCUUACUGAGCCAAGAAAUCUCAUUUGGAGUAUUGGUAUGGAUUUGAGUGACCUUGAUGGCGGGUGGGAAUGGGGCUAGAAUGCAUGCUAAGAUGUAAAUCUAACUGAAAUGUGUGUAGUCUUAGUUUUAUUUGGUUAAUUGCACAAACUGCUGCUUGUCUGGGUUUAAUUGGCCUGCAGCUAAAUUUUUAGGAGUGUCUUUGUGCCCAAGCAGUUGGCCAGCUGCACUGUCCGUCUUCAAAUGUCUAUGGAAAUUGAGCCUUAGGUCGGCCAAAGUCUGAUUUUAAUUUGUAAUCUAACUGUAUAUAUGACAAACAUGUUUUUAGUAUUUAUGAAUCUUAUUUUCUAAUUUAAGGUGUGGUUUUAAUAUUGAGCUCAACCUUCAUGAAGGGGCAAUAAACUACUAAAUCCUA